AUGGACGCGUCCACCUCGGAUCAGAUUGAGGAUAUGAUUUUCAAUAUUUUCAAAGGUUGCUCAGCACCGGAUGCAAGGUUCGAUGAAACUAUCGAUUUUCAAACGGAGGGCGUAUUUGGAAACUUUGAUGAUGCUAUAGCGCAGUUGAAGUUAAAUAUUGUAAUCUGUGGCACUCCACCAAUCACAAUGGCGAAUUUGGAAGCAGUAUUGAGUGACGGAGUGGACGUGUAUUUGUGUGAAGCCUCCAAUAUUCUGACCAAGUUCAGUGAUUUGUUCAGUUGCAGAUUUUGGCAUCCGAUCUAUGCCCAGCUUGCACACGAGACACUGUGCUAUCAGGGCAUGGGUGCUUUGUCGGCCAUUACAAAUGCACUUUUUGUGAUUCUCUGCAUGUCGCUACUUAUCAUGACAUUUCGAGUUGCAGUGUGGGAUGCUGUAAGCUCGCCAUUGCAACAGGCAUCGGAGGACAAGGAGAAGGAAGACCCGUAUAAAAUAAUGAAGACGGGAAGCAAGAAACAAACCGAAUGUACAGGGUAUGGUCUGAAAAUGGUGAGGAAGGUAGACAUAACGUGCCGUAAAGGCUGA